UUUUGGAACAACAAACUAGUGAUGCGAUGUUGGUGUAUGUUUGCCGCUAUGUAGGUAGACACAAGUUACAGAAUUAUGUUCAUAACACGGAUUAAUUUGUGUGAAAAACAUUUGGUCGGCUCGAGAGACCUGGCGAGUAGUUUUUACUGUUCAGAAUGCUCAGUGUUCCAACUUUUCUGCCUUUGCGGAAGAAACAUUUCGUCAUCUUUGAUGUGACAUUUCCGCUUGAGUAAAGCUGUUGUUGUAGUUUGCUGGAGAGUGCACACUCUAACGCUGUAAUUACAGUGUUUUCUUGGAGUUUGAGGUGGUUUAGAAGAGCAGAGAUGCUGAACAUACCCUCGCAGUCUUUCCCCGCACUGAGCUCUCAGCAGCGAGUGGCUCCGACCGGCCAGCCCAGGAAUAAGGUGGCUCUAAGGCCGGGUCAUAGUCUUAUGGACUGGAUCCGGCUCGCCAAAAGCGGCCAUGAUCUGACUGGACUGAAAGGAAGGUUGAUUGAGGUAACAGAAGAGGAACUAAAGAAACACAAUACAAGAAAUGACUGUUGGACAUGUAUACGAGGUAUGGUGUAUAAUGUGAGUGCAUAUAUGGAUUUCCACCCUGGUGGGGAGGACGAGCUGAUGAAGGCAGCUGGUAUUGAUGGCACUGACCUGUUUGACCAGGUCCACCGUUGGGUGAAUUAUGAGUCCAUGUUGAAAGAGUGCCUGGUGGGCAGGAUGGUGGUAAAGGCCAGCACAGCCAUUAAAGCACAGCCAUCGAAACCAGAGAACACCUAUGUGAACGGUUUUGGUCCUCCUGCGACUUUGUUAGCUGCCCCAAAGCCGAAAGACAAUCGCCCUCGAUAUGACUGGUUCCAGACAGAGGAAACUGUUAAUAUUAUUAUUUACACCAAACGUAAGAUUCCAAGAUCGGGCUGUUCAGUAGUGGACCGUCAAGGAAACAUCCUGCGGAUAGAGGUGCUUUUAGGACAAUGGUCCUACCUACUUCACUGGAGUCUCUCUUUUGAAGUAGAAGACCGUGUUAUAGUUCAGACAGUGAGUUCAGUUGGGAAGGUCGAGGUUUGCUUGUGCAAAGUGCUCAAAGCCCAAUGGGCACAAGUGGGUCAACCGCUAGAAUCCCAUGAGUCAUUUAUCCCGAGUAAACAACGGGGACUCUUCUACAGAGAUUGUGUCCUGGUUUCAAAGAAACAAGUUACACAUGAUACACAGCUCUUCUGUUUCCGGUUACCUCCUGGAUCCCACAUGUCCAUCCCUGUGGGGAAACAUGUCUACCUCAAAGCUUCCUUUCAGGGCAGUGAUGUUGUAAAGCCCUACACCCCAGUAGACCAAGUGCUCAUGCCUCAGAUUCACUCCGGUAACACACAGAGCGCUGAAAUCUAUCUGAUGAUUAAAAUCUAUCCUGAUGGAGUGUUCACGCAGCAUUUGGACAACCUUGAUAUCGGAGCCUCUGUGUCCAUCAGCAGUCCAGAGGGCCCCUUUUCACUCAGGAGUCUUUGUGAUGUCACUCAUUUGUACCUCUUAGCUGCUGGCACCGGUUUCACACCCAUGGCUCGCCUCCUCUGCUUUGCCUUACAGGACCUGCCGUCUGUCAGGAAGACCAAGCUGAUGUUCUUCAAUCGUCAAGAGAGGGACAUCCUGUGGUACUCUGAGCUGGAGCAGCUGUGUGCAGAGGAAGAGAGAUUUCAGGUUGAAUACGUUCUCUCAGAGCCUGCGGGCUCAUGGACCGGCAGCAGAGGACGAAUAGAUGCCACAAUGCUGCAGGUAUUCCUGGAAAGACCAGGAGACUCCAAAUGCUUAGUGUGUGUAUGUGGGCCAACUGGUUUCACUGAGCUGGCAGUGCAGCUGGCCAAGCAGCAGGGAUUCAGUGAAAAGGAGAUUCAUGCUUUCAAGAGUUGAGCCCUAAGAGCUAGUACUAGAGAUUUCUAUGCAUCACAGCCUGCAAAGACCUUUAGGAACUCCCAGUGAUUGAUUUGAGGUUACCAUUCAAUAAAGAGCAAUGCAUUCUCUGACAUGUAUGAUCAUCUGGAAAUCCUAUGCACUUACUUCAUCUAAGCAUCUCCAGGUCACUCGCCCUUCUACCAUGGGACGCAUUAUUUCACAUGGAAACUCCUGAAGAAAUUUGCUACGGUUGUGGGAUAUAGCACUGCCACUGUAAAUUCAAAUCUUAUCCAUGAAAUGCAUUUUUGUUAUACUAGUGCAUCUCAAAAAAUUAGAAUACCAUGAAAAAGUUCCUUUUUUUUUCAUAAUUUAAUUCAAAAAGGUAAACGUUCAUAUAUUCUAUAUUCAUUACAUGUAAAGUGAAAUAUUUAAAGCCUUUUUUGUUUUAAUUUUGAUUAUUAUGGCUUAUAGCUCAUGAAAAUCAGAAAUCCAGUAUCUCAAAUUAUUAGAAUAUUCCCUAAGAUCAAUCAAAAAAAGGAUUUACAAUACAGAAAUGUCCAACUUCUGAAAAGUAUAUUCAUUUAUACUCUUAAUACUUGGUUGGGGCUCCUUUACCAUGAAUUACUGUAUCAGUGCGGUGUGGCAUGGAGGUGAUCAGUCUGUGGCACUGCUGAGGUGUUACUGAAGCCCAGGUUGCUUUGAUAGUGGCCUUCAGCGUAUCUGUAUUUUUGGGUCGGGUGUUUCUCAUCUUCAGAUUCUCUAUGGGGUUCAGGUCAGGCAAGUUGGCUGGCCAAUCAAACACAAUAUCAUGGUCAGCAAACCAUUUGGUAGUAGUUUUGGCACUGUGGGUAGGUGCUAAGUCCUGCUGGAAAAGGAAAUCAGCAUCUCCAAAAAGCUCAUCAGCAGAUGGAAGCAUGAAGUGCUCUAAAAUCUCCUGGUAGAUGGCUGUGUUGACUUUGGACUUGAUAAAAUACAGUGGACCAACACCAGCAGAUGACAUGGCACCCCAAAUCAUCACAGACUAUGGAAACUUCAUACUGGGCUUCAAACACCUUGGAUUCUGUGCCUCUCCACUCUUCCUCCAGACUCUAGAACCGUGAUUUCCAAAUUAAAUGCAAAAUGUACUUUCAUCUGAAAAGAGGACUUUGGACCACUGAGCAACAGUCCAUUUCUUUCUCUCCUUAGCCCAGAUAAGACACUUCUGACAUUGUCUCUGGCUCAGGAGUAGCUUGAUAUUAGGAAUGCGAAAGUUGUAUCCCCUUUCUUGAAGAUGUCUGUUCAUGAUGGGUCUUGAUACACUGACACCAGCCUCAGUUCACUCCUUGUGAAGCUCUCCCAAGUUCUUGAAUCAACUUUUCUUGACAAUCCUCUCAAGACUGCGGCCAUCCCUGUUGCUUGUGCACCUUUUCUAGCCACCCUUUUCAGCAAUGACCUUUUGUGGCUUACCCUCCUUGUGGAGGGCAUCAGUGAUCAUCUUCUGGACAACAGUCAAGUCAGCAGUCUUCCCCAUGAUUGUGGUUGUGUGUACUGAACUAGACCGAGAGAUACACUGUGUUCAUACUGUUUUACUCAAACUUGAAAUGAAAUAUUCUAAUAUUUUGAGAUUUUUUUUUGUUUUUGUACUGUAUGCCAUACUGAUUAAAAUAAAAAUAAACUAAAAUGUUUCAAGCAUUUUUCUAUGUGUAAUGAGUCUAUAAUAUAUAAAACAUUUUCACUUUCUUAAAUAACUGAUGGAAAAUAUUGAACUUUUUCACAAUAUUCUAAUUUUUUGAGAUGCACUAGUAUUUUGUUAUAUGAAAUAAUCAUUUUGUCUUGUGACAAAAAUACAUAUGAACCAUGCAGCCAGGGAAUGCUAAUUGUAAAUGUAAACGAGUCUGUUGAGAAUGUUGGUUAAUUUCAUUUUAAAAGAUAACCGUGUAGAUUCACCCUACGUGCUCGUGAGUGGUGAGCUGAAAUGAAGCUAAAUGCUCUGGUUUGAGUAUUCAUGGAUUCUGUAUAGUUUGGACUUAUUCAGCUAUUUAUUAUUUUAACUCAGUUAUGCUAUUUGUACCAGAAAAGGUCUAACUGUUAACCCAGAUCUUAAGUGAAAGUGGUUUCAGAGAGACUGGGUUUAAAGCUAAAGUGGUAGAACCACGAAGGCUCAGGCAACAAAUGUCAGCAUUUUCUUGUUUGUAGUCUAGAGGACUGACUCAGGCUAGUCUUAUCCGAGUCUCCAGACUAAUCUCAUGUCAAGUGACCCAGUACUAUGAACGUUUUAUUAAUUAGACUGAUCUCUCUCUGAUGUAGCAGGGCUCUGAAGUUUGUGCAAGGGAUAUGAAGUUUUAAACAAAAUGAAUAAAAUGUACAAAAAUUCACAAUAAAAUUAUGUAGAAAUAAAAAA